UCCUGAUGGAAAGAAGGGACGAGGGAAGGGGAAGAGGCGGGCAGCUCUGCGCAUGCCCGGCGGGCUCCUCCGGGUUAGCCGUGUUUGUGGAGCCACGUUGCCACUUUGUAGCAGAGCGACCGAGUGCGGAGUAGCGAAGGGGCGAGGAUGUCUUCCCCACCCAGGGAGAAGGUGGAAACCAAAGCCGGCCACCCUCCUGCUGUCAAGGCAGGAGGUAUGCGCAUUGUGAAAAAGCACCAAGGUUCUGCAAACCAGUCUUCUGCUGAGAAAGAUAAAGAGAGUGAAGAUUGGGAAAGCAACAGCCCUAAACCAUCUGUACCAAUAAUUAUCUCUGGUGCUUUAGCAAGGGGGGAUAAAGACUUUCCUCCUGCUGCUGCACAAGUUGCCCACCAGAAGCCUUCUCCAUCAGUGGAGAAACUGCCUAUUUCACAUCAAAUCAAUCAUUCCAUCCAUCAGCCUCGCAAGUGAAGAGUCCAAUGCCUUGAAAUGAAUGUACAGAUAUUGGUGCAGAUCAGUAAUCUUAUGGGAGAUACCCCAGAUCAUUAACCGGUCUCUUAAUGUCCUGGAUAUUUGAAAGUUUCUUUCUGCCUAAGAAACAGAUACAUGAUUUUAAAUUUUGUAAACUGUGUCAAAAUGCAUUUGGAAAUAAUUAGCCAUUUUUAAUUAAAUUGGUGCCUCAGAUAUUGAUUUCUUGUGUUAAUAUAAUUUCAAAUAUGACAGUUCAGCUUCUGGAAUGAUAGAGAAACAGUCUGCAGAAUGUCAGACAUUGGUGCAUGUGUGAGCACUUUGUGAGUGGCUUCUGCGUUUAUGUUUCCUGCCUUGUUAGUACAAUCAUUGCUGAUUCUCAGUGUCACUUGUAUGCAGGUUGUGAAUCACAUUAGAAAUUGAAAUAAGUGUGUGUAUCAGAAGUAAACACUAAAGUAAUUGAAAACACUUGGCAACUUGAUCUCUGCAUACUUCUACAUUGCCGCAGCUCUUUUUAUGUACUCAGGAUUCCUGAGAGUACUUUGUGUCCAAUUAAAUACACUUUUGACAUGUAA